GCCCAGAGGCCAGAGCAGCCUCUGCCUCCGAUUUCCCUCCGCGCCCAGCGCUGCGGCGGGAGCUGUGCGGGCGCUGGAGUUCUCCCCUGGCCCCGGAGUUGUGCGAGUUGCCAGCGGGUCGCCUGGGCUCCUGGCUCUCGGCACCCUCCCAGCUCCCGGCUCCCCACGCCCAACCGGGGUGGAGAUCAUCACAGGCCGGGGGCAUCGGAGGCUCAUCAGCUGCUCCUGUCCUGGCCUCUUGUCUGAGGACAAGGAGGGGAACCCCACCCCCCGGUCUGAAGCCUCUUCUGUGUCUCCAUGGCGUCUCAUCAGCAAUCCCGCAUCCAGACUUACCUGGAGAAGAACAAGAUCGGUCCCCUGUUUGAGGAAUUAAUGACCAAGUUAAUAACAGAGACACCUGACCAUCCCAUCCCAUUUCUCAUUGACCACCUUCAGUCAAAACAAGGAAAUCGUGGACAACUGCAAAGAACUUUAUCUGGGUCUGCUGCCCUCUGGGCAGAGAGUGAAACCUUGGAACAUAAAGGAACAAGAAGAGAUUUCAGAAACUAUGAUAAACCCUGGCAAUUAAAUGCAAAGAAGCCUAAAAAGUCCAAAAGUGACAUUGCCGUGUCUAAUAUCUCUCCACCCUCACCAGAAUCCAAGUCAUUGCCAAGAUCAGUAGAGCAUCCUAAGUGGAAUUGGCGGAAUAGACCACAAAAUCAUGAUUUUGAUGAAUUGAACCACAUCCUUCAAGAGAGCAAGAAACUGGGAAAAGCCCUAGAGAAUCUCUCUCAAAGUAUUGCAAUUUCAGAUGAACUCGAUAAGGAAACAGCAGCCUUUAACUGCUCUCUUCUAAGACCCCGUGUGAUUGGAGAAUGGGUUGGUCGAGAAGAGCAUGAUGCUGAUCCACUAGCUGCUGAGAUGCUGCAGCCUCCGAUUCCAAGAAACAAAAGUGAACCAUGGGAAAGUGAAGAUAGCAGCUCUAGUCCCGCAGGAAGUUUAAAGGUGGAGCCCAAAACUAAAGGCUUAAAGCAACAACAGCAGCAACAUAAGAAACUUCUGGCAGCAAUGCUCUCCCAAGACUCCUUUGAAUCUGUCCAUAGCCCAACACCAUCUGUCACAGAAGAAGACAUUGAUAAUGAAGAUGAUGCAAUGGAAUUGCUGGAAGAUCUUGAUGAUUUAAGAAUGGAGGGAGUAACUACCCUGGUAUCUUCUGGAAGCAAAUUUAACCAAGGUCGUGCUACAUACCCUACUGAACCCCAGGCUAAGGUCACACUGAACAUCUGUUCAAGGUGUGCCAGGCUUCAAGGAGACAACCUGGCAGAGAGAACAGAAGAGAUAACACAAAUACUUCACUCUCCAGAUGAAAUAAUCCCAGAUUCUUUGGAUUCUUUACCUGGAACUGAAGAAGCCCUUAUGGAAGAGAGUGAAGAAUUUGAGAAAAUAUCUAGAUUAACAGGACCUGUAAGUGUGUAAAAAAAUACACGUUGCAACAAUUUUGUAUUUACGUGUUCUAUAUAGUACUACACUGUGCUUCAUAGGACUAUGUAAUUCAUUAAUUUUUGCACAUUAUUUUAUUGGAAGAUUAAUAGUUUACAGGAUAGUUAUUGAUGCAUGAGUAUAGCUUCUUAUCUACUCUAAAAGUUUCAUAUAUCUUAAGCAUGGUAUUAUUAAUUGUAGUUUUUAUGAUAUCUUUGCUAAACUAUAUCUCUUCUGUAGAGUACAUUUAAACAACAAGUUUUAGAUUUUCAAUGCAAUUGGUGAUUAAAGAAUAAAGGAAAAUAGGGGCCUGGUGGUGGUGCACUAGGUUGAACACACAUGUUACAAUGUACAAGGACCCAGGUUUGAGUCCCUGGUCCCCACCUGCAGGGGGAAAGCUUCAUGAAUGGUGAAGCAGUGCUGCAGGUGUCUCUUUGUCUCUCUUCCUCUCUAUCCCCCCCUUCCCUCUCGAUUUCUGGCUGUCUCUACCUAAUAAAUAAAUAAAAAAAAUUUAAUUAUAAAAAAUGUAAUCUUAAGAAAAAGAAUAAAGAACAAUGAAAUUUUCCUCUAAAUUCUCAGUAUGAAAUGUAUAAGACAGACUGAGUUUCUAUAAAAAUGACCAGCCAGUCUUGUAUAGCCCUAAAUUUAAUAUUUGGACUGAGCUUGUAUGUUGCAAUGACUUUGUACUGAUUUGCUAGGGCUGCUGUAGGCAAGCAACACAGACUGGGAAACUGAAGGAACAGAAGUGCUUUCUUUAUCUCAUACUUCUGAAGGCAGAAGUCCAUGUUCCAAAUGUUACCAGGGCACUUUCUUCUGAUGCCUUUCUCCCUAUAAAUCCUCACUUUGUCUUUACAUCAUUAUUAUUCUGUAAAUAUAUGUGUAUAUAAAUAACCCCUUCUUCUUCUAACAUAGCUCAUUGCAUUAGAGCCUGUCCUGGGUAUCUCAAAUUUCAUUUACAUUAAUAAAAUUGUUCAGCUAAAUCUCUUUUAAAAACAUCCAUGUUACCUUCAAAUAUAGUCACAUUCUGAAGUGCUGGAGAAGUGUUAGGACUUCAAUGUAUAUAUUUUGGGAAUAGACAAUUCAAAACAUAAUACUUUCUGAAAAGAUUACAUUAUUUGGAAUAUUAUUUGCAUUAAAUAAUUUGG